GAACUAGCUGUACGUGUUGUUGCUCAGUGAUGAUUAUCCUCCUUUGAUCACGAAAGUGAUGUGAAAUUAAACGCACGUUCUAUUUCACCGGCGAUCUGAGAGCGACUAGCACAAACUGCUGAGAAGUUCAAAGCACCCCACAUAUACCCUUUCAUUGAGUAUUUGAAUUAACUAUGAUAAUCAUAGUUUUAUGAAUGAACUGGAGGGGUGGGUGCCAGGAUAAGUGCCAUGCUCUGUUUAGCAGGCGCUCAAACAUCAGUAGUGACUCACCUCUACCAUGACACACCCUCUUACCUCUCAUUGAUGAGCUAGACUUGCCCUUGAUCUAGUUAUGAAGGUUACAUUGUGUACUUAGUACUGUGAUGCAUGAACUAAAUAGGAGUGAUUUUCUACCUUAGUAGCUGAAUUGCUAUGUUGCUUUGGCAGCAGGGGGCAGUGUGUAUUAAGAUAUAGUGCACUCUCAAUAAAACGAGUUCAAGGAAACUUCCUCGGACUUGGUGUAAAGCUGGUUAAACUCAAACACUUACAAAAUGUGAACAUUUCUUAGGGAUCUGUCAAUCAAGAGAAUAAUACAAUAAAUAUCCCCCCUUUUGUUUCAUCAAGUACAAAUGAGCAUUGGUGCUGCUUGCAUCCUGCCUACAGUGUUGCCUUACGUGUUACCUUUGGAUAGUGGGACUUUUGUCUUAAGCAAUGUCUUGUAGGUCCAGCAAUAGGUCGGUAUACUCUGAGCAGGCGCUGUGUGUGUGUGUUGUAGGGACCACCCCUGUCCUAUCUUGACGUGUGCUGUUUAAUCAGUGGAGGCUGAAUGGCUGACUGGGUAUCUGACAAAUAUGUUAUCUCAUCCCUCUUCGGUACUUUACUCAAUAUUUACUCUAAUUAGGAGCAGUUUGCAGAGAUAGGAGCAGCAGCUGGGGAGAGUAAGAGGAGGGAUGGUGUGUACUGAAUCUCUACACAGAUGACAGUGACAGGCUUGAAGGAGAGAGAGAAGAAAGAAAAAAAUAUGUUUAGAUGGAAUAUUUUAGAAAAUCAAAUGGAAGCCUGUCAUCAUUCCCAGAGCCCCCUACACCAGUAAUUUUGGGUACGCACACCCACAAAGGUUUAUAUGUCCUCUUUGGUCUGCCCAUGUCAAACAUAUCACUGCCCAACAACCUGAACAAACAGGAUCAGGGGGCUCACAGAACCACCAUAUCAUGACAUCAAUCACUGGGCAGGUGACGGCCAAAGCCACUAUUGAUCAGUGUAGACUGCAGUGGGCCUACAUGGUACUCUGAUAACAGCCAGGGGUGUUGGGAAUCCGCCUGGUAAGUGUUCAGAGUGAUGUUUACUUGUUGAUGUCACUGAUGAACUUUAUAUCCCGCGUGAAACUCCUGAAUGUCGUAGUUUCAGUCCAUCCAUGGACUGCUGUGUGCCCUUACUAGUCCAAGUCAACCAGUCUAUAAGUUAUUUUGUGUGUGAAUCUGCUCUCUCGGACAGGAUAGGCCUUCAUCUGGAGCACUGACCUAUGGGAGUCACCGAAGGAGAAAAAAAGUAAACAUUCAGAGAGAAUGAGGGAGGAGGAGGAGAGAUGGGAUGAGUGGACAAAAGCAGUGUAGCACUUUGAGCUCCUUAAUCACACAUGUUUGACACACACAGAUUGAGUCUGUCAACUAACCUAGCAGCAUAAAGCAGUGGUAUCGACUGUGUGUUACACAUUAACCGCACAUACUUACAGCAUACACACACAGACCUACGACUGAUGCAAAGUGGGGAACAUGCAGAGGUAGAGAUUCCCCAAACCAUCUCUCUAUUCGUCUUCUGUUGUACAUUCUCAGUCUCCCCUGUAAACUGGGACGCACUGUCAGUGACUAAAGGUUCUCUUUGUGUCUAAUGCAAUGACAUUGUUUGCGGGAGUGGGGAAUAAAUACAAUAGAGAUAGAACAUCCCAGGCCAAACACUAUCUCUGUGGCUGAUAGGUAGAGAGAUACUCUAUGCGAGUUGGUGGUUAUCAGUAGAGACCAUGGCCAUACACAGAUACGGGGCCCACUAUUGAUCCUGUCCCUGGCUGGGGGGGCGGGGGGGGGGGGACCGGACAGGGCCCGAUGCAGGUUGAUAACCAUGUCAACUGACCCAGGUCCGCUGACCCAAAGCGUGGGAGGGUGCAGAGGUAACGCCCUGGGCUUCUCAAUAGGCCUCAUUCAGAAAAUUCAGUCAAAGGUUUCACAUGAGAUCAUGACAUGGACAUAUUUGGCUGGUAUCUAAUGUUUACCCUACAGGUAGAUAGUCCCAUUGGAUUGUCAACUUCUCUCCUUGCCAUUAAUGAGUCCCUAUUCCAUCCUGGUCAUUUUAGUACUAAAUCCUAAAGAAUAAACUAAUUAUUAACUAUAGCCUCCAUGUUUAUCUAUUAAUCACAUGAAUAAAAAAAAUAUAGGUCUAUUGUAAAGGACUUUGUUCAGACAUGUUGAUUUGACCCGGAUGCUAAGAAUGUAUUGAGAGUUAGUUUUGUAAAGGGUAUGUGGGUUAAAAAAGAUCACACAAGGACAAGUUUUAAAUGAGACUAGUCUUCUAUAAAUUACAACAGACAGGACUGUAUUGGGAAGUUGAUAAGAUUGCAACUAGUGCUGUAAAUUCCACGUGAGUGAGAUGAACAGAGACAGUCUCUAAACUUAGACUACACACAGACGGUAGGCAGAAACUGCAAGGAGCCUGGCUGACAGCUUUAAAGCCCAAAUCAAUCACCGUGUAAGGCAAGCCCGUAGACCGUAAAACACACAAAACCAUUCCAUAUAAAUGAUCAAUGAACGAUCAAACGGAACUGAUAGCAAGUCCUAUGCUAGGUUGAUGCGGACUUUUUGUUACCGAAAUCAGUCUCUGUACAUUCAACCUUAAUUAAAGCUACGAGUUUAUUUACUGAUCAAAACACUACCACAAAUGGGAUUGCAUCUCUCCUUUACAUGGUCGCCCAUCAAAUAAAAACUGGUGGGCAGCACUUUUCCCAGUAAAUGUAAAUUAAGAAAAUUGGUUCAACGGUCAAAUUAAAUGAUAACUUUUUGAAGUGAAAUGGCUCCAGAUUUCCCACUUCAGGCUGUUAAGUUUCAGUAUCGUCACCUCUUAAGAAAAACUAAUUGGUAUGACCCAAUACAAUAAAUUAUCUACAGGUGUGUCGCUUGGGGUAGUCCGUUAAACGUUCUGCCCCUUGUUUUGUUGUUGGUUAUAACACGAUCAUCUUUUCAGUUCUAAAGAUGGGAGAAAGGUUACAAAACCAGAGAACAUUUGCAUGUUCAUUUGUAAAUUGUGAGAGCACAUUUAGUAAAUCAUGGAAAUUACAGGCCCAUCUUUGCAAGCACACUGGUCUGAAACCAUUCUCUUGCGAGACAUGUGAAAAGAGCUUCUGUACCCGCUACCAACUCACUAGACAUCAGUUGAGCCACAGUGGAGAGAAGCCGUUCAAAUGCUUAGCAGAAGGCUGCCUUGAGGCCUUUACCACUCAUUCCAGCAUGAAAAACCACAUGACUCGGAUUCACCAACACCAGGAGAAACGCUUCAAGUGCGACCAUCUGGGCUGUGGGAAGGAUUUCAAAAAGAAAUAUCAACUGAACACUCACAAGUGUGAGCACUCCCAGCUUCUUCCUUUUCACUGCAACGCGGAGGGCUGUAAGAGAGAGUUUCCUACUUCAAGAAAGCUACGGUUCCACGAGAAGGUUCACAGAGGUUACCCAUGUGAGGUGGAGGGUUGUGUCUUCCAGGGGAAAACCUGGACUGACUAUCAGAAACACAGAAAGGAACACAGAGUCCGACUGCAGUGUGAUGGCUGUCGUAAACAGUUCUGGGAGGCUUGGUUUUUGCACCUGCACAAACUGUGGGUCCACUCGGGGGAAAGACGGCUGUUCCGGUGCUCCGAGGAGGGCUGUGAGAGAACUUUCACCACACGCUUCAACCUGGACAGCCACGUGACUGGAGAGCAUGAACACAAGAAGGACUUCCCCUGUAGCCAUCCAGGAUGUGGCAAAAGCUUUGUGAUGAGGGAGAGCUUGAGGCGACAUGGUGUGAUGCAUGAUCCUGAAAAGAAAAAGCUGGUGAAGCAGAAAUCACAGCGUCAAAAGAAGUCCACCACCACGAAGACUAGCGACUCAGUGACGAGGUCAACACAGGCAGUAACCAGUGGACUAGCUGGCAAGCUACGCAACACCAGUCUGGUAGACUGCACUCCAUGAUGUGUUCUGUAUGAAGGGUUCAAGGAUGGGCUGUUCCAUUCACUCCAUACAUAUUUUCAGUUCUAAAGUUUACAAAUUGUUUUCUUUUAGUUUACUUAUUUUCUUUACUAAAUACAGUAUAGAAAUAAACUCACUACUGCAAAGU